AUGCCUGCUGAGAAUUGGGACGGUGAAGGCGAAGCAUUCGUCGAAACCGAUCCAACCGGAAGAUUCGGUCGUUACAGUGAUUUACUCGGCUAUGGUGCUGUGAAGAGAGUUUAUAGAGGUUUUGAUCAAGAAGAAGGGAUUGAAGUUGCAUGGAAUCAAGUUCGUCUUCGGAACUUCAGCAACGAUCCGGUUCUAAUCAAUCGGCUUCAUUCCGAAGUUGAAUUGCUCAGGAAUUUAAGCAACAAGUUCAUCAUUGUUUGUUAUAGUGUUUGGAAAGACGAUGAUCGCGGUAAUAUCAAUUUUAUUACCGAGGUUUGUACGUCGGGGAAUCUUAGGGAUUACCGGAAGAAACAUCGGCAUGUUUCGAUUAAGGCGUUUAAGAAAUGGUCGAAACAGGUUCUUGAGGGGUUGGAGUAUCUUCAUACGCAUGAUCCUUGCAUUAUUCAUAGGGAUCUUAAUUGCAGUAACAUCUUUGUUAAUGGAAACAUUGGUCAGGUGAAAAUUGGUGAUCUGGGAUUGGCUGCCAUAGUGGGAAGAAGCCAUGCAGCACAUUCAAUUUUAGGGACUCCUGAGUAUAUGGCACCCGAACUGUACGAGGAAGAUUACACUGAGAUGGUGGACAUAUAUUCUUUUGGAAUGUGUUUGCUUGAAAUGGUUACAAUGGAGAUACCAUACAGUGAAUGUAACAGUGUAGCCAAGAUAUACAAAAAGGUCACAAUGGGAAUCAAGCCUCAAGCCUUGAGCAAUGUCAGAGAUCCAGAAGUGAAAGCGUUCAUCGAGAAAUGCAUAGCACAACCAAGAGCAAGACCUUCAGCCACUGAUCUUCUUCAGGACCCUUUCUUUUUUGAACUCAACAAUGGUGAAGAAUCAUCAACAUCUAUCAUUUCUUAA